CCCAACUGCUAAGCAUAUUCCCAGUUGUGGCCCAAUCACAAAAAACCCAAUUACACAAAACAUUAUUUACAAUCAUAUGCCAUUGUCAGCAUGCCUAGAACAAAUCAUCUCAGUGGUUAAGCACUUAAAGCUAUUAGUUCUGUUGGCAACGCGAAAAUGCAUGUGAGAGAGAGCAGCACUGGUCUCUCCGUCUCUUCAGCAAACCGAGAAAAUAUAUAUGGCGGCUUCUGCUAGAGCAGAGAACGUUGUGGCCUCUCUUCAACCAUUCCUUUCGAGCAAGCAAAGUUUUGUCAGGAGCGCAUAGUAAAGGUAGUGAAUAUUAGAACAAAUGGAUGAAUUGUUGAAGAAUCACUUGUUUGCAACGCAUGCAAUUGCUGCUGCCGGGACAGUGACAUUAGGCACAGCUGUUACUUAUCCUCUUGAUACUAUCAAAGUCCUUAUCCAGGUUGGAUCAAGUUCCAAUAGACCAUUAAAAGUGAGUCAGGCUUUGAAUAGAAUUCGUUCUUUAUCUGGAAUUUCAGGCUUGUAUAGUGGCUUUGGAUGGUCGACCUCAGAGAGAAUACUAGGCAUGGGAGCUCGCUUUGGAAUCUAUGAAAUUUUGACAGCUUUUUAUAAAGGAAUGGCGGCUGGUGCAAUGGAGUCAGUCAUAAGCUCUCCAUUUGAACUUAUUAAACUCCGUACUCAAGUUGCCUCUGCAUCUUGCACUCCAAGGUCUGCCUCUAUUAUGGAACAUAAUGCUGUAUCACCUCUGAUUGCUAAAUUACUACGUGGAUAUACUCCAGAAAAGACAGCAUUGAACAAUUCUGUUGCCCUUUUGUCCACCCUAUCUGCUAAGCACCCAAAUUUGGCUGGUGCCUUGCAAGAGUACCCAUGGAUGAUGACUGGGUCUGGGAAGGCACCAUCAGUCUUUGAUGUUUGGAAGCCAUCAAACAUCAUCUCUUUGGAAGGAUGGUGUGCAUUAUGGAGAGGACUCCGGCCAGGAGUUGUUCGCGAUUCUAUUUAUGGUGGGAUAUUCUUUUCCAGCUGCAUUACAUAA